CUCGCAUACAGCAGCGGGCAGUGAACGGCUAGUUUGCCGGAGGCGGCGUGUGGUGGGAGAAGGGGGACAGUGGCUGGGAGACAAGACCGGCGCCGGAGAGAAGGAACCGUGACUGGUACACCGGGCCGGGUCUGGAAGACGGUAACGGGAGACCGGGACACGGGUCAGGCGCUGCGAACCCGGGACCGCUACUGGAAACACGGCGCACGGGGCUGCAGCACAUCAGGUCUCUUCCAAGCUCUCUCCAAGCAAGCGGAAAACUGAGGCUGUGAUUGUGACGUUUCAGUGGAGAGAGUGGCCGGGACUCUCGAUAGCCAAGUGCUGGAGUGAGCUGGCGACGCAGAGACUGAGCCUGCCUUGACCAUGUACCCAGCCCCCAUGCCCUAUGGACCUGUGACACCGUGGAGGGUCACGGUGCCCGCUGAGACCUUUAUGCUGCCUCCCAUCCAGAUGCACAACUUUUCCAGUCGACCGCUCACCUUGGUCAUGGUGGACCCCACCUUGGACCAUGAAGGUCCAGGGAAACAUACGGAGUACCACCAUUUUUACAGGACUCCUUACAUCUCCCCAUACUGGUACCCACCACUACCACCAGUGCUGCCACCUGCAAACCCGACCUCCUACCAGUACCCAUCAUACUACCCGUACACGAGGUAUGUCCCUCCCGCCGCGGGCGCCUGGCCCGAAGGUGCCUCCCUGAGGGGCGAUUUACACUGGGGUAAGAUGGGACAGAUUUACGGCCCCAGUAGGGAGCUCCCCGAACUCCUACAGAAUGACCUACGGCGCGUCUACGGCACCUACCCCAAGACCUACGUCACCAUCUCUUACCAGAACGGAGAGUACCUGGUCAAAGCAGAGCCCAAAGUCGGGGAGCAGAAGUACAAGGUGGAAAAGAAGGUCAUCAGGAGGCCGCUCACCCCCAGCGACGACGAGAUCGAGGUGGUGGUGGAGAAGCCGAAAAGGAAGUCCAGACGCUAAACACUCAGAGGUGUGCUGAACGGCGACUGCUGUCACAACGAGGUGUGAUGGCAUCCAAGCCAUCACCGCAUUGCCACACAAUUACAGUGAGAUCUGCACACCAGGAGCUGCAGGUGAUGGUUUACAAAGAACAAAGACACAAGGUGCUGGAGUAACUCAGCGGGUCAGGCAGCAACUCUGGAGGACGUGGAUAGAUGUUUCAGGCCGGGACUCUUCUUCAGACCAUGGACACAAAGUGCUGAGGGUCAGACAGCAUUUCUGGAGGACCGAGACAGUGACAUUAUGGGUGGGGACUGAUUGUAGUAGGGAGAUCCAACGGGCCUUGGUGGACCGAGCGUGUGUUUGGAGAAAUGGUCACCAAGUCGACUCUUGGUCUCGCCAAUGUACAGGAGGCCAUAUCAACCACAGGGUGACAUCGGGAAGAAGAUGGCUCAAAGUUCCAUGGACACCAAGGUUCUCCACUCACUCAAUCCUGGUCCAAACUGAGGUUGGUUCCUUGGCGCCAAGGUGCUCCAGCAGAUGUGCCGUGUUCUGAGCACGCUUUGAAACCGUGGAACAGAGGAGAGCCAGUCUGGGAAUGUGCCAGGAGAGGAGGGGCCAUGAGUGAAGAUAUCUCACCAGCGACCCUGGGAUGAUGCUGAGUAUGAGUUGUCACAGAGGGAGCUCACCAGGAUAACAGAGCAAAGCAAGAAAUAGAAGCAGGAGCAUGUUAUGCUCCACCAUUCAAUAAGAUCAUAUAACAUAGAACAGUACUGUACAGCACAGAAAAGACCCUUUGGGCCACACUGUCUGUGCUGAACAUGAUGCCAGGACUAACUCUAAUCUGGCUGCACAUAAUCCACACCUCUCCAUUCCCUGCAUAUCCAUGGGCCUGUGCAAAAGUCUCUAAAAUGCUGAUAUUUUCUCUCAAUACCGCUUUCCUUUGAUUUCCUUAUCAUUUAAAACUUUGUCCCUGCCUUGGAUAUCCUCAGUGACCGACCCGCCACUGCUCUUGAGUGACGAUUGGGUAAGAUUUACUACUUAGUGUGUGAAGAAUUGUCAUCUUUACCCUGAAUAGCCAUUUACUUACCU